AUGACUGAUGCCAAGGACGGUGUUUCAUUGUUCGAUCACGCAUCUGGCACUACCGUUCCUCCUGCUGACACUGCAACUGCUCUCAACCAAUCACAGUGGCAAACCCGCGAUGCUGCUGCGCGCCUCGCUAUUCGCAACCAUUUGCCGAUCACAGAGCGCGUGCAUUUUAGCCAGCACAAGACUGCUAAGGCACUGUAUGACGCUGUAGUUGCCCGCUACUCUUCCUCGGCCACUGCAGCCCUAGGUCGCCUUAUGCUACCCUACCUGUUCCCCGACCUGUCCUCGUUUACCACUGCUGAUGACCUUAUCUCUCACCUGCGCACUAGCGACGCUCGCUUUUGUACUGCCCUCUCAGACGUGUUCCUCGCCCAGAAUCAGCCCCCGAUGUACUUUACUCUCUACUUCCUCGUCACCCGCCUCCGUGACACUCUUCGCUCCGUCAGGGACCACUUUCUCGCGCUAGACCCUACCACUCUCACUGUCGACGACUUCGAGACGCACCUCCUAGCAGCUGAAAAGAACAUUCUCGCUGUAGGUGCUGCUCAUGGCACUCCUCGCACUCCCCUCUUUGAGGGGUGCUCCCCCUCCCCUCUUGCCCCCUCCUACGCCUCCGGUGCUGCUACUCUUGACUACCUUGGUGCUGAGGAGGUCGGGGCUGCUUCCGCUCCUAGUGGGAAGCGCCGCAGCGCCAGGGGCGGCAAGGGUGAUAGGGGAGGUGGGGGUGGCGGUGGAGGGGGCGGUGGUGGAGGCGGUGGGGGAGGUGGAGGUGGUGGGGGUGGUCGUGGGGGUGGAGGUGGUGGUGGGGGCGGCGAUGGUACUGGGAGCGGUGGGGGUGGCAGCUGCGGUAGUGGGGGAGGAGGGAGCGGUGGUGGCAGCGGUGGCCCCCGCACUGGUCGCCCAUGCAACGGUUUUCACACGGAGUAUUGCUGCUUCUCUAGGCUUAGCGACGCCUGGCGCGCCAAGUUUCCCCACUGGGCAGACCUGUCUAGGCGUGGUGUUCCUGUCUUUGAUCUUGACUAUGAUGCAAUUCUUGCUGCCAUGUACGCAUUGAAUGUUAGUGCUGAGGGUGACUGCUACUUGUGUGUGCCGCCUGACCUAUGUAUAGAGUCUGCAGCCCUAGUGGUAGCACGGCCCACUACUGUGCUUCCGUGUCCGGCGGUCCCGUCUGGUGAGCUGUCUGGUCUCCACCUCCCCUCGUUCUCUACGAACCUGGUGAGCACCGCUGUCCUUCAGGAUCACUGGGUUGACACCUUUACUCCUGGAGGACAGCGUAUGGCGAUCUACACGUGCUCUCAAACCGGCGGCCACCUGGCCACGUUCACCCGUGCGCCUGGGUCCAGUCUGUACACCCUCACCACUGCGUCGCGCCCCACCCCUUUGUCUCCUCAGCUAUACGCGUCCGCACAAGAAGCUACCUGGUGUGAGUGUCGCAGCCUGUCGCACCAGACUCUCCUUUGGCACCUUCGCCUUGGUCACCCCUCCCUGCCUCGCCUUCGUGGCAUGCACUCUCGCUCCCUGGUCUCUGGUCUUCCUUGA